AUGGGCCCGGACAGCGACGUGUUUCAGGAGCUUACAGUUUUUCUUACGCCAUGGACCAGCAGUAUUGGCACCGUCUUCUUGUUGUGGAAGCCAGAGAGCGAAAGACUGCGUGGUGUGCCUUCGUGGGCCAUCCAUCCUGUCCUGAUACCGAUGAAGAGCGGUGGUAGACAAGAGGCUGUACCUCUCGACCCAAACCAAUGGAAGGCGGACGGAGGGUUCUGGACAUGGUUGCGUUUGACGCCCAUCGACGUGGUCAAGGGAUAUAACCCCCCGUCAACCACGAGUGUAAUGAGCGCUUCUUCCGAUUCUCUCUGGCAGUCCACCUUUCGCUUCGUCAAAGACCGCUUGCCUGCCCUUCGCUCCUGCAAGUACGGCAUAAUCCCGGAGUGCUCGCCCGACCUGAACACUCUGCGGCUGCAUGGACUUGUCUUCGACACUGUCAUGGCCACCAGUCCCUCCCCUCCCAGGAGCCACGUCCUCGAUAUUUUCCGUAUGUCUCAGCCAACGCCAAGCGGUUUCCUGGCGAUCCUCUGGACCACGGCGCUAGAAUACUACCGGGCGAGACAAUGGCUAUUAAGAUGGCAGGGUUUUCUCGAGGCUAAUAUCAACCGGGCGAACUUGAAGAUAGGACUGGCAGGCCCAGACCCUUAUGUUGCUACACAGCGCAAAGCGGGCAUCCGAGCAGCAUUCUGGAGAGCCAUCAUAACCGACCGAAUCCGGGGAGUUGACGGCACGCUAGAGGCGCCGGACGACGCUUUUAUCGAUCGUAUUCUGCCGCAGUUCACGGGAGAGGCGAACCCGAUGUCGUGAGGCUAUUGGAUGCCUGGUAUAACUCGAACAAAGGAAGCAAGGACAGUGGCCCGUGGGCCUUACUGCGCCCAAUUGUUUCGUGUGGCGGCCGGACGGUCCCUGAUUCUUAGUCGCAACGGGUAUCUGGGCCUGGGACCGCUUGAGACUUAGGUGGGGUGAUGCUGUGUGUAUUGUUCGGGGCUGCAACACACCUGCAGAGCUUCGACUGGUUGCUGGAAAAGAGAGCGCCUAUCGUCUUGUGGGCAAUUGCUAU